AAUGAUUAGACAUCGAAGAAAAGUGGAUGUAAUAAAUUUAAACGGCCGAUUGCGUAUUUUCGGGAUGGUAGAGCUGACGCGAUUUCUUCCUUUGGUUUCUUCCCGCCUCUCUGCCUGCCUCACUCUUCUCUUUUACUCUCUUUGGCUAGCAUCCAAAACCCCGAUCAUAAAGCUCCCUGCUUUAAAUAUUUCCUCAGAAGAUUUGGGUGAAAUAUUCGUGUAUGUAUAGCUUUUUUUUCUGUUACUGCUUUUGUUAUGGUUUUGUACGGUAGAUAUUGAAGGGUUUUUUCAUGCUUUUCAACAACCUGCCUGGAUAUACAUACAUUUUGAAAAAAGGAUUCCGCUUGACACGGCCAUCGCCAGGAGCCUCCUUUCCUCCUUCUUCUUCUUCUUUGGGAAAGAAAGAUGUACACAUCCUCCAGUUCGGGCAGGCUGCCGAAAACAAGGAGUCAAUGGAGUGACUUCUAUAUGGAUUACAAUGAGGAGAAGAAGAGAAAGAGAAGGGUGCUGUCUGAGUCGGAUGAAGAUAACGUGGUUGUGAUUGAGGAGGAGGAGGAGGAGGAGGAAGAGGCAUGGAGAGGCGUGCACGACAGGAGUGAUGAGGUGGUUCUUGAGAGCAGUAAUGAUGAUAUGAAGCGUUUCAGCUUUGAUGACAGGGAGGAGACCAGAGGUGUAGUUCAAGAGAUGUCCUUCUUCUUUAAUAAGGGAAAUGGGAAGAAGAAGGAGGAGGGGGACAUGACAGAUGGUAUUGAGUUUUGGGAAGAUUCUGAUCCUAAAGAAAAGCGGGACAAAGGGAAAGAAAAGGAAAAUAGCCCAAACAGAGCUUUUGUACAUGGAUUGAUGAAGAGAGUUCAGAUGGGGGAGAGAAGGGCUGCAGUGGGUUGGGGUAGCAGUAGUAGCAGCAUUCACAAGAGAAGGAAAGCCCCCGCAGAAAUUGCUCUUGCACAACAUGGAGUGAAGAAGAUGAAAGGCGCAUUUGAUGCCAGCAGUAUUAAUAGGAGAAGAAAGUUCACAAGAAUGGCUUCUGAACAGAGCAGGCAUGGACUGAAGCAGAUGAAAGAAACUGAGAGAGGGAAGGCAAAGGCUGCACUGGGUGGCAGUAGUGUGAAGCAGAGAAGAAUAAAUGAUGAUGAUGAUGUUGUCUUUCUUGGGGAAUCCUUCUCAGGCAGCGGGAUCCCGUUUAGAACCGGGUCAGGGUCCGGGUCCAAGGUUGGAUCCGUGGGUGGAAGGAGCCCUGACAUUGGCACAUGCGAUGAAGUUGCUUCCUCAACGACCAAGACUAUGUUUAAAGAAGCUGUUGUUGGCCCAGAGGGGGAUUAUUCAGAUGCAUCAUCAUUGGAAUCCAGAGAUUCUGAAGAAGAAGAAGAAGAAGAGUGUGAUGAUUCUGAAGAUGCAGAUUACAAGGAGAAUGCCUUCUCUUCUUCUGCUUCCUCUUCUAGCUCGGGUAUGGAAGAAGAAGAAAAUGGUUUAAGUAGCAGUGAGGAAUCUGAUGAAGAAGGAUAUCAUAAUCGUAAUAUGGUUAAGGGACAAUCUGAACACGCUGAGAAAGAUCCUCAUGUCCCCAAAACCAAGGCAGCUUCCAAGAAACACAGAAAUAAACGAAAAAGGAAUGAGAAACAGAAAUCUAAACAUACUGAGAAAGAUUCUGCUCAGAUCCUGCAAACUAAACUACAUUCCGAGAAUGAGAGACAUAAACAAAAAUGGCUUGAUGAAAAGAAGCACAAAAGUGCUAGUGAGAAGCAAACAUCUGAGAAAAAUUAUGAGAUCAUCAGAACCAAAUCAGCAGCAGCAUCCAAGAGAGAUAAAAAGAAACGAAAAAAGAUUCAUGAGAAGAAGAAGAAGAAGCACAGGAGUUUUGACCCUGAGAAUGAUGAGGAAAUCUUCAAAACCACAGAAACUUCCAAGAAGGACGAAAAGGAGAAACACAAAAAGAUUGAUGUGAAGAAGAAGCACAAGAAUCUGAGUAGUUGGAAAGAUGCUGAGUUCAUCAAAGAUAAAGCAUCUUCCAAGAAAGACAGGGACAAACACGGAGGAGGGAGUGAUGAUGAGGAGGAGGAAAUCUUCAAAACCACAGAAACUUCCAAGAAGGACGAAAAGGAGAAACACAAAAAGAUUGAUGUACAGAAGAAGCACAAGAAUCUGAGUAGUUGGAAAGAUGCUGAGUUCAUCAAAGCUAAAGCAUCUUCCAAGAAAGACAGGGACAAACACAGAGGAGGGAGUGAUGAGAAGCAGCAUGAAAAGGUUGAUGAUGCUGUGGAAGUUGCUGAUGUCCUCAAAACCAAAGAACAUUCCAAGAAAGACAAAAAGAAACACAAAGGGGUUGGUGAGAAGAAGCACAAACGUUUCGUUGAUGGCAGGACAGAUUCUGAAAUAAUCAAAACUAAAAAAACUUCCAAGAAAGACCGAGACAAGAACAAAAGGAUUGGCGAGAAGCAAAAAAGUGAUGUUAUUAAUGGCGACAAAGAUGCUGAAAUUUUCAAAAACGAAGGAACACCUCAGAAAGACAGAGAGAAAAAACAUAGAGGGAGUGACAACAAGCGGCACAAAAAGGUUGGUGAUGCUGAGAAAGAUACAGAAAUCCUCAAAACUAAAGCAUCUUCCAAGAAAGAGAAGAACAAGCACAAAGGGAUUGAUGAGGAACAACAUAGUACUGAACAUGCUGAGAUAGAUGCUGAAGUCCUGAAAACCAGAUUAACUUCCAAGAAAGACAGAAAGAAACAGAAAAGGAUUGGCGAGAAGCAUAAAGAGGUUGAUGCUGAGAAAGAUUCUGAAACGCACAAAACUAAAGCGACCCCUGAGAAAGACAAAGAGAAACAAAAGGGAGUUGGUGAGAAGCAAAGAGGCGCUAGUUCUGGGGAAGCAGCAGAUUCUGGAAAACAAGAAGGGGUCGCUUCUCGCCUUAGGUCUCAUUCACACUCGAAGUCUUCUAAGAAGGAAGAAACACAAAGUAGUAGUAGUGAGGGUUUGGGUGUAGGGUCUUCUGUUGGUGAGGACAGACAAGGUGGCGAUGAUGAUGAUUUGGAGAAAGAAAAUGAAGAAGAAAAAAAGGAUGUGGUGACCCAAACGACUGGAACGAGUGAGAGGAAGCAACCCCGGAGAAACCUUGACGUCAAGAACAUUCUUUUAAACACAAUGUUAGAGAACGAAGGCAAGUUUAAUGAGACAGUUCCCCUUGCUGAGGAGAAUAUCCCAAAGCAGCUGCCAUUGAAGUUCACAUUUUAUGAAGAUAAUGAGGCUCCUGACAAGGAAGAAUGGGAGUUUGAGAUUGACAAUCUCUUUGCGGAUUUUCAAAUGGGCCGUCUGCAAUCUGAGAUCGGGUCAACUGCUAAACCCAUGGUAGCAAACAAAAUUGCUGAUGAUGCACAACCCUGUUGGCAUCCAGAAGGGCAUCUUCAUAUCCUGGAUGAACAAAUCGGAAUCUUGUGCAAGCAUUGCUCUGUGGUGUUCUUGGAAAGCAAGCACAUAUUACCAGAAUUUGCAAAAAGACCAACAAGUUGCAGGAGGAAUGAGCGGGGGAGAUUUAAUCAUCUCUACGGAGAAGCAGAGCAGUCGGUGGGGGAUAUGGAGCUGGAUAACAUGCCAAGAAACGACCCAACCUCCUCCUCAUUUCACAGAGCUGGAACAGUAUGGGACCUUAUCCCCCACCACAUAAAAGCCAGAAUGUAUCUCCACCAACGCCAGGGCUUGGAGUUCAUAUGGAAAAACAUAGCGGGCGAGCUGGUCCUGGAGAAGCUGCAAGAUCUAAGCAGCGGUGGGAGAGGAUGCAUCAUCUCGCAUGCACCCGGAACGGGCAAAACGGGUCUCACUGUCGUCUUCCUCCAAUCAUUCAUGAAACUCUUCCCGCUGUGCCACCCCGUCGUCAUCGCCCCACGCAGCAUGCUUCUCACCUGGGAAAGCGAGUUCAAGAAGUGGGACGUGGACAUCCCUUUCCACAACCUCAACAGCCGCAGCCUGUCGGGGAAGGAGGACGUGGAGGAGGUGCACAUCCUUAGAAGGAAGGGGAAGGACAUGAACCGACUGUUGAAGCUGUAUUCUUGGGCCAAAGGGUCCGGAAUCCUGGGGAUCACGUACCGCCUUUUCGAGCAGCUGGCGGGAGGGACUUCAUGCGAGGAAGAAGACGAGAAGAUGAGAAAGAUCCUGCUCAAGUUUCCGGGGCUGUUGGUUCUGGACGAAGGGCACACCCCGCGGAACGAGGAGAGCCUCGUGUGGAAGGCGCUAUCCAGAGUGGAGACGCCACGCCGGAUCAUCCUCUCCGGGACUCCAUUCCAGAACAACUUCCACGAGCUGUACAAUACAUUGUCACUGGUAUGUCCGGAGUUCACAGUGGGGUCCACGCCCGGGGGCGUCGGGUCUAGUGACCCAAAGAAGAAACAGCAGCAGCAGCAGCUCACGCGGAAGGGGAUCCGUAAAGGAAGAGAGAACUGGGCAUCAAUAACGGGGUCGAUCUUGAACACGGAAAACGAGAGGAACGUGGAGGAGCUGAGGCGGCUGAUCGGGCCGCUGGUGCACGUGCACAAGGGAACGAUAUUGCAGGAGAAGCUGCCGGGGCUGAUGAUCUGGCAGGUGUACUUGAAGCUGACCCCGACCCAGCAGAAGCUGCAGAAGAUGAUCUGCAGCAAGAAGUUCAUGGAGCAGGACAACUGGAUGACCCUGAUAUCGGUGCACCCUUCCCUGGCCCCGGAGGGCGAGGCGCGGGGGGUGAAUGAGCUGGACCCGGGGGAGGGGGUGAAGACGAGGUUCGUGGCGGAGCUGGUGAGGGCGAGCGAGGGGCGGGGCGAGAGGGUGAUCGUGUUCAGCAGGCUGCUGGAGCCGCUGACGCUGAUCCGGAGGCAGCUCCAGGGUGAGUUCCCGGGGUGGGGCGACGGGCGGGAGGUGCUGUACAUGGACGGGAAGAUCGACGCCAAGUACCGGCAGGAGCGGAUCGGGUCUUUCAACGACCCGGAGAGCGAGGCGAAGGUGCUGCUGGCGUCCACGGCGGCGUGCUGCGAGGGCAUCAAUCUCAUCGGCGCCUCCAGAAUCGUGCUUCUUGACGUGGUGUGGAACCCGUCGGUGACCAGGCAGGCCAUCAGCCGGGCCUACCGCCUGGGGCAGACCAAGGUCGUCCACGUCUAUAACCUCAUCUCCUCCUCCUUCGAGGCCAACAAGUACGCCUGCCAGGCCAAGAAAGACAGGAUGUCUGAGCUGGUUUUCACCGCCGAUCAUCCUGAUCAUCCUGAUCACCACCACGACGCCGUGCCCGCCGAUCAAGACCUCAUCUUGGGCGCCAUGCUCCAGGAUCAUUCUUUGUCCACUAUGUUCCACAAAAUUGUGCGCCAGCCCAAGAAUCACCAAAUGUUGUGGCCCGAGUUUACCAACUAACUCAUUGCCCCCCUACGUACGCACGCACGCUACAAUCAUCAACAAAUUAGUCACUGUAUGUAUAAUUUAUUUGACAUCUUGCGUGCUGUACGUAACGUACAUUCAUUAUAUUAUAAUCUAGGCCUGGGAUCGGUUCGGUUCUUGUUAAAAUUCGAUGGAACCGUAUAAAAAUCGUAGGCGUUAAAUUCGGUUCGGUUCUAGUUAAAAAUGUAGUUGUUAAAUUCGGUUCGGUUCGGUUCUUUUUUCGGUUCCUAACAAAAAUUUACUACUAUCC